AUGUCCUCAGCGACCACAUCAUUCUCCUCGCGUGCAAACUACCUGCACACGCCCGCACAUCAGAUUGUGCUGUAUUACGAGAACAAAGACGACAUUCUAUACGAACCUCCAGGAUGGAACACCAUACAACGCUACGACAUUGGUCUCACACAAACCUGCCAUCAAAUACGCGAAGAAUACGAAGCUACUUAUCGACAAAACCACUCAAUGUCCAUCUCGCUCGACGCCCUUGUAUCUAGCACCGCCUCCCUUGAUCCCGACCAGCCUCUCGUCCUUCCCCUAGGCAGCGUACGCAUCACGAUCCGAGAGUCCUUGUGGUUAACACCUAACAUCGACAUUCUCCCUUUCCUGAAGGCAUACAAAAACUCCCCGUCCUUGAAGCUGCACUUCGAACUCCCCGAACACGCGCGGACUGCUUUUGGCGAUGUGUUCAGCGUGAGGGAGAAUAAUAAGUGGUGGGUCGGUGUUGAGGAGCAUGUCGCGCUUCUACAUGUAUGGCCUGAGGUCUAUGGCGAGAGAGCUAAAGUCGGGAUUACGGUUACCAAGGAGUUUGAGAUGAAGCGGAGGAGGAGAAGGAUGGGAGUUAAGAAAGGUGUGUCGCUGGCUGCGUGGCUGCGUGGCUGCGUGAGAUGGGGUUGGAGGCUUUGA